GAGGCAGCAAAUCCUGGGCAACUGAGAUGUGACUUUUAUCACCAGUUAUUUUUCUUUAUAUCUUUCUAUCAACAUAGCUCAGGGAACACUCAAGAAAUAAAAAAUUACUCUUCACCAAGUACUAGCUUUCUGGGACCUGAUCACUUCUAAGUGUAAACCUCUAUUACCCUAGCAAUGGUCCCUGGCGUUCCUUUUAUUCCUCUUAUAUAUAAACAUCACAAAAAAUAACAACAAACCCUCAAGCCCACAGCAAAGAGAACGCAAGCACGGCACCAUCCCUCUUCGUACUGCCGUUUUCACUUGGUAGAGGAGGUUAAAUUUUGGAGAGAAUGGUGGCAUUCAUAGGAGGGGCGGGGUAAAAGUGUUGUCUAAUUUACACGUUAAUGGCAGAACUCGCCUUAAGCACGUCCCUCCUGCACAGUGGUGAAAUCCUCCUGUGUGCUCCUGUGUGGAUCCCGAGACCCUUCUCGCUUUAAGAGAGCCUCCCGCGCCCCUCACUCCGCCCCUUCCCAAGUCUCUGGGCUCGUCAAAGCUUCCCGAGAGCCAUGGUUGGUCCAGGCAGGCAAUCGGAGCACCUCAUGGAGCGGCUGCUAACCCAGGGUGGGGUGGGGUGGGGUGGAGGGGUCUGUCUGUAGUACUCUCAGUCCUGAUGUCACAGGCGCGGCAAGGACAUCGCAAGGAGGAGUCGGAUUACAGUAAGGAUGGGCAGUGCAGCAGGCAGCCCCAGCGCACUCUCCAGCCGCCGGGGAUCUUAGCCCCGGAAAGGCAGGCUGCAAGGCGCUCAACCCGCGGAGGAGGCACGCUCUCGGCGCUCACUGCUCUCCACGCCGGGGACAUUUCCACCGAAUGUAGCAUGAAACGGCUCUGCUCUGCGUGCCAGCCUUGGGUGAGAGCUGAUGCUGAAGACAACGCGGUGGGAUUCCAGCUGUCUGAUUAAUGAGAAACAUAAUGUAUUUUGGUGGUACAUGCCAGAGUCCUGCUCUCCCGGCCCUUGUCCGUCCACCAGCCCCUCCUCUGCAACCAUCGCUGGAUAUUAAACCAUUUCUUCCUUUUCCUCUUGACACUGCAGCUGCAGUCAACCUGUUCCCCAAUUUCAAUGCGAUGGACCCGAUUCAGAAAGCUGUAAUAAACCAUACAUUCGGGGUUCCUCUUCCCCAUCGAAGAAAGCAAAUCAUAUCAUGCAACAUUUGCCAGUUGAGAUUUAAUUCUGAUAGCCAGGCUGCGGCCCACUACAAAGGCACGAAACAUGCCAAGAAGCUCAAAGCACUGGAAGCCAUGAAAAAUAAGCAGAAAUCUGUAACUGCCAAGGACAGCGCAAAGACUACCUUCACCUCCAUCACUACCAAUACCAUCAAUACCAGCUCUGACAAAACAGAUGGUACUGCAGGGACACCAGCAAUAUCAACGACGACAACUGUGGAAAUCCGCAAAAGCAGUGUUAUGACAACUGAGAUCACCUCUAAAGUGGAAAAAAGCCCAACGACAGCCACUGGCAAUAGCUCAUGUCCUUCUACUGAGACCGAGGAAGAAAAGGCAAAACGGCUUCUUUACUGUUCGCUAUGCAAGGUUGCUGUCAACUCCGCCUCGCAGCUGGAGGCGCACAACAGUGGUACUAAGCACAAAACCAUGCUGGAAGCCCGGAAUGGAAGUGGCACUAUCAAAGCCUUUCCUAGGGCAGGAGUGAAAGGCAAAGGACCUGUUAAUAAAGGAAAUACAGGCCUCCAAAAUAAAACAUUUCACUGUGAAAUCUGUGAUGUGCACGUCAACUCGGAAACACAACUUAAACAGCACAUUAGCAGUAGAAGGCACAAAGACAGAGCUGCUGGGAAGCCCCCGAAACCUAAAUACAGUCCUUACAACAAACUACAGAAGACAGCACAUCCACUGGGGGUAAAAUUAGUAUUUUCAAAAGAACCUUCAAAGCCAUUGGCACCACGAAUUCUACCAAAUCCUCUAGCAGCUGCAGCAGCUGCAGCAGCAGUGGCUGUGAGUUCCCCCUUCAGUCUUCGAACUGCUCCAGCAGCAACACUGUUCCAGACUUCUGCGCUUCCUCCAGCACUCCUGCGGCCAGCUCCUGGACCCAUUCGGACCGCCCACACUCCUGUGCUGUUUGCUCCUUACUAAAUUCCAAAUAGGAGUAAUUGUACUGCAAUAAUUUUUCAAAAAACAAAAAACAAAACAAACAAAGAGAACUAUGCAGUGUUUAUUUAUAGUUUAAAGUAUAUCUGAAGAGCCAGGACUUUUGAUAGUGAAUUGAAAAGGUUAUAAAAAAGGGGGGGAGGUAUGGGGGUGGGAGGGAGGGAGUGGUAUUUUCUCCAAAUUAAAGCAUUCCUCUUGAAUGUUGAUUGUUUUAGAAGUGAUCUCCAGCAUUGAUUUGUAGUGGUAUCUAGAACUUCUGAAGCCUCUGUGACUGUGCUUUUGGGUACCUAUUUCCCUCUGCAUUGUCUUUCCUGCUUUAUGAAACAACUAUACAUUGUCUAAGGGCAUUAACCGGUUCCAAUGUAUAUAAAAUAAUUUACUCUGUAGAUUAAAUCAUACAAAAAAGGAAAAAAACAAAAACAAAAGCAACACUGUGAAUAGUACUACCCGUGCUGGUCCUCUUGCUAUGACAGCAAUUACUGGGUAUUUAUCCCAACAAAAGUAGAUACAGUAGAUGUCUUGUAAAACAAUAGUGCUGUGUCUCAAUCUAUGCCACUAGGUUUUAAAGAAUUGCAAAGGUAGAAUGAACAACUAUUUCAUAUCAAUAAGCAGUCAAAAAAUAAACAUACACCAGAUGGUGUCAUGGAGGUCUCCCUGGUCAGCAUUCUCCCCUCCUGUAUGGCUUGAAGAUAUAGCAGAGCUAAGCUUAGAGAUGGGGGAGGUAUUAAUAAAGGUGAUUUCUUACAAAGUACUAACUUCCCACCCUGAAGAUAUAUUGCUGGAAACAGGGAAGUGUUUAUAAUGAACCUCUGUCUGCAAAUAGAUAAACCCAUGCAUCAUGGGUGUUAAGAAAGAAAUCAGUACAACUCUUCUGUUUCAAGGAUGAAGGAUCAUAACCUAGAAUGAUAAUGCAAAGUAAAGAUCUUGAAUUUAGUACAUAUCCAAUAAAAACAGAGAAUAUUACAUCUCUGCAGUAUCCCCUUUAUAUCAUACCAGUAGGGUUGUUUCUUAGGCAAAGGUUUCUGCUUUAAGUAUGAUGGUAGAAUUAAGCAUUAGCUAUUUUUAUGGGUUUUUCUUGUUUUUUAGAUUUCCUGCUGACAUGAUAUAAACAAUUAAUAUAUAUUUAAUGUUAUUAACAACAGGAAAUAUGAAUCUGAGUUAAUUGCACACCAAUGACAUAGUGUUAAAAAAUACUGGUAAGUUCCACUCGACAAUUAUUUCUCCAGUGGAGUUGUGAAAUACUAACAGCCUUUGAUAUUCACCAUCAGGCUGAAAGAAGUUGAUGUUUUACCUUUAAAACAAGAUUUAUCAGGGGUAUAUAUAAAUAUAUGUAUAUUGUAUAUAUGUUAGAAAGAGUAAGAGAAUAACUUAUAAAAAGAAAAAAUCUAUAUGACAUAAUUAUAUAACCACCCAGUGUUACAUGUUAUCAUUAAAUUGGUAACAAAUGGCAUAAAAAUAGCUGUGCCUUUAAUUUGUGAUAAAGGCUAUUUGCUUUUUCCCAUAGAAAGCUAACAUAUACCUAUCAAUAUGGUGGGGUUUGAUGCAGCCAGUCUGUUGAAUUAAUAAGAAAAAUGACAUUCAAACUUAGAAUUAUGACAAAACAUACAUGAUUUAGGUUUAGAGAAAAAACUAUUUUUGAAAAGGUUUUGUAAAGACUAUUUAAAAAUAUAGGGAAGGAUUGGGUGUGGCCUUCCUGAAACUGCUCUUAAAGUGUUGUAACCCUUGGAGAGGUAUAAAGAAUCAAGAGAAAACCAUUUGAGAGAUAGGUAUUUAGCAUUUAUCAUUUUGUAUUUAAGAAACACCCAUAGCGUGCUUGGUGCUCAACAUUAUACAUGGUUUUUGGAGUUCUUCUCCACCAUCUAGCUAUAGAAAUUUGUCAUAUAAAUUAAUCUUUAAAGCAGUUGGCUUUAUAUAUCUUUUGUUAAACAACCAACCAAAACAAAAAAAAA